AGGCGGCGGCGGUGCCCGGCAUCGCCCCCUCGGGGCUGCCCCCGCCGCACCCCGCUUUGCCUCAAAGUUUAGGGCGGGAGGUAAAGGGGGUGUGAGGGGAAAGAGCGGAGCCAACUUGUCCCGGAGCCCUUUAUUCACCGCCGGAGCCGCUGUCUCCCAACCCCCGCGUGUUUUUUGCUGAUUAAAAGACACGGACCUCGGUCCUGCUACCACCGGCGGGUGGCCGCCCGGCCGCCCCGCUCCUUCCUGCCCGCACCAUGGAGUUCACGCAGAGGAAGAGAAGCAGGAAAUCCCAAAGCUUUAAACUGAUCAACGAAGAUUACCACCCUGAGAUAUAUAAGAUCUCUGACUACAGCAAUGAUGUUAAUGGGGAGACCAAAGAAACACAACCAUUUUUUUUAGGAGAUGAAAGCCGGGAAAUUAAAAAACAAAUUACAGGGAUGAGAAGAUUACUGAAUGACAGCACUGGAAGAAUCUAUCAACGAGUUGGCAAAGAAGGAGAAAAACUAAAGGAGGAGCCCCAAGAUUUAGACUUAGCCUGGGCCCAGCGCCUGAAUUCCCCUGCAGAGUCCCAGGCGAGCCUUCAUUCUUCACAGAGCGGUUCAUGGAAUGAAUUAUCACCCCAAGGCAGCCAUUUUUCAGGGCAAUAUGGAACUCGAUCCAAAACGUUCCAAAAUCAAACACGAACCGUGGCAUCCAAUGGAGAAAUCCCAAUGAUGAAUUCAUCAAUUGGACCAAACUGCUGUACCUGUAAUUGCCAGUCAACCCUGCAGGCUAUCCUUCAGGAGCUCAAGACCAUGCGAAAAUUGAUUCAGAUUCAAGCAGUUGGGACUCAAAACAGACAGCAGCCUCCUGCUCCUCUGAUUUGUGCACAGAAGUCAACAAUAGCAAGAAAGAGAAAUAAAAAGAAAAAACUGCCCCUCAAAACUGUUGAGACAAUUACCAUGAAUAAGAAACCCAACCCUGCAGAGAACGAAAAGAAACUAUCAGCAAACUUGGAACAAUCGAGUCUACAAGCAGUUGAAACCCCCUUAAAACCAGAAACCCCUGUUUCAGGAUUUGGCAUUAUCCUUGAAUCAGCUUCAUCAGAUCCAGAAGUGCAACUUGCAGAAGGCUUUGACGUCUUCAUGCCGAAAUCUCAGCUGGACUCUAUAUUGUCAAACUAUACUCGCUCAGGAAGUCUGCUCUUUAGGAAGCUGGUCUGUGCAUUUUUUGAUGACAAGACUUUGGCUAACUCUUUACCAAACGGCAAAAGGAAAAGAGGGCUCAAUGACAACCGGAAAGGACUAGACCAAAAUAUUGUGGGUGCAAUAAAAGUCUUUACAGAAAAAUACUGCACUGCUAACCAUGUGGAUAAACUGCCUGGUCCUAGGGACUGGGUCCAGAUUCUUCAGGAUCAAAUUAAACUUGCAAGAAGACGGUUAAAAAGAGGCUCAGCAGAGGCACCUGACUGUGAUGAGAAGCUGGACAUUUCUCUCCUACAAACAGGUAGCCUUUUCGACACCACAACAGACCAUCUGAUAGACACAAACCUGGAUUUUUCCCCUUGAAUUUCACAUCCCGCAUCAGUGUUUGUAGUGGAUAAAGGCAUCCUCUCCUUUGGAUAACAUUCCCACCAGAUCGGCGCAAGAGCUUCCGUGUACCACAAGACAUGGACAAUCCAAUUGCUUUCAUCUCAAGUUUGUGUCAUUUCAUGCAUUUUCCAUGUAACCUCAAAUCACAAAGCUACCGGAUCACUUCACUCUUCUUCAUCUUAAUUAAAGAUGAUUUCCCUCUGCAUCCAAUGCACUAUUUAAUUAGCAGGGCAUCCACUCUGAAGACAUCCUCUUGCCUUUGUUUCUCCUCCAUGAUUGUCUUUUUCCAUGUGGUUGUAACACUUGCCAGCAGUGUUCCAUACACACAGCCACGUGACUCUUCCUGUCUCCAGGCAUCUCUCUCCAUCAGGAGCCCCAGGGGCUCGAUGAGCAUUUGACUUGCUCUUUGCAGACCCGCUUUUCCUCUCCUGGCUGUUGUGUUACCAGUGACCAGGAUUCCUCCCAGCAGUGCCCAGUGUCCUAAUUGUAGCAAGGAGAAGCUAUUCCUCAGACAACUUCUCCUGUGUGGUCCUAUUGGGAUGGCUCUUGAGCAUCUUUGCAGUGCCAAUGGCUGGUCAUUCCCCCCUCACUCGCCUGCACUUCAAUCUCAAACCGUAUCAGUUUGCUGGUUUCCAGGAAGAGGGUCUGCACACUGUGAUUUUUCAGCCACUGCCCUUGGCGACAAUGUUCAACCAUUUUUGAAGCUCAAGUCACCUUUUCCCUGGCACUCGAUUGAUACCUCAGCAGUAAAGAUGAGUGAAUCGAUCAAGACAUUGCACUAUCCUCUUAGACGUUGAAAGGGUCAGUCCUUUCAGGCUGGGGCUAAGGUAAAAUCGUAUGUGUCCUCCAUGCAAACCUUCACUUCUGCACCUUCAUCAGCACUAAAUUCACUUUAAAGAUGUUGAGAAAAAGUCUGGCAGGUCUUGACCUGCAUCAUCCAUCACCAGGUAGUCUGAGCGUGUUUCCUGGAAUUCAAGGGAGAGCUGCUAGAGCCUUCACCGUUGUGCUCCAUUUCCCUGUGGAUAUUUUAGCUGCAUCUUUUUUGGGUUUCAAACUGUUUGGCCUUUGAGUGUCUCAACAGAAGUGCUAUUACAGAGUGGGAUGGUUGUCAAAAUAUUGAAUUUCUUUAGCAAUCCUAAAGCCUGUUUCUCAGAUGUCACCCAGUGCCCACAAAUAACACUGAAGCCAACAGGAGUGCUUUGGUCUCUUGGCACCUGAGAAACCAGGCUCCCAGCCCUUCCCCACACACCUCCUGUGGACUCUUUGGAAUGCCUGUGUUCUCUCUGAAGCUGUGGAAUAGAUUGAAUGUGCACUGCAAACCUUAAGAUUUGAGUCUUUUCUUCCUUCGUGGCUUGGAGUUGCCUGUCUUGGGCAGGGGGCACUGCUUCGUUGUGUCCGUAUCGUAACUUUUCAGCAAAGGAGUCAGCGUUUUGUACCUUUGGAAGAUUGCGUUUGUGUUUCCUUCCUGUGACUACUGUUGAGACUUUCUUCAGAAAUCUUUUUAUAGGGUUUAUUAGAGAAAAAGAAGAAUCAUUCCAUAUUUAGGUAAAAACGUCUCAAUCUUCUGUAUAUAUGUUUUAUUAAUAUGUAAAUAUUUAGCUAUUUUUAAAUUACUAUGUUCUUAAUAAAGCGACAAGGGACUAGUUGUGACAUGGUGUAUAACGUUGUGGCGUGGUAUGGAUCUCUGGGAAACCCUCUUUGUCAGUUCAAGAAAAGGAAACUACAAUAAAUAACUUUAAUUGCA